CAAUAUCUCGUUUAUUUAUAUGACACAUUGAAUUAUGUCUAUGUUACAAUCAAAUGUUGAGCCUUCAUGGCAGUGGGGAACCAACGCCGAAUACAUCAAUGAUCCCCUAGCAGUGAUUUAUCACGAGGGCCAGUGGACUUUGAGUAAAGUUUCUCCUUUAAACAACUUACAAUACAACAGAGUGAAGCUCAAGCAAUAUGCGUCUAAAAUUCGACUAGCGCUGGUCAGUAGCGUGUCUGCGAAGUCUUCUGUCAACUAUGUGGUGCAGUUUGACCAGCAGUCUCUAUUAAAGUACUGUGAAGAUGAUGCUGACGCUUUAAAGAUAAAUAUAGAAACAACAACAAACAGUGGCAAGACAAAGAUGGCAUAUACUGGGAUCUUGAUGUCCUGGGGGGUCAGCAGUGGUCCUGAAGGCACCAUUCACUUGCCAUACAUGCUGGAGCGGGGAGAGAGAAAAAUCGCAGAGGUUGUUAAAAUCUGCUUACAAAAGAUAUUUGACUGCAAUAUAAAACCAUUGAGUUUUACACAGUCUCAGCUGCUAAUGUUUGGCUUCAGUUUUGUGGAGUGCGCAUCAGCAAGGGGCACUGACCCUUUUGUCCUGUCCUACACCACUCCAGGGGCAGUUGACAUCAAGGACAAACUGGAUCUUCGGUUUGAAGUUGGCGACGUACACUACAUGUGGAAUGCAUUAAAAGAUGAGGUGGAGAAUGUGUCAGAGCUCAUAAGCCAAGUAUAUCAGAUUCUACAAAAACAAAUAAUGCAUACGAUACAGUAUGACAUAUCUUUCUUGGACAUCUUCAAAAUCACACUGCUAAAAGCGGAGGUCAAAAGCAACGGUAUUGUUAAAAUGAAAUCACCUGAAGUAGUGAAUUCUGUUUUUAAUGUGUUGAAUGAGAUCAUUUGCAAUGAGACUCCGUUAGAGAGCUGAUUUCAUGUGUGGCAUUCCAUCACUAAAGGGUCUUAAUGGUUCUUGCAAUACAUUUAUGUUUGAAUUUCAGAUGAAGGACCCUGCUGUAAUGGAAAAACAUAUAUGAUGUGUUGAUCAUGUUGGUUAGUUUUGUAUGUGAUUGCUCUCAACCGAAAAUGUAAGCUAAAAGUCAUAAGUCUUAAUUUUUGUAUUUUUGUGGUUGUACUUUGUCAGUAGAGUUGACAUGUGCAUAGAUUUCCUGUGUGAAUGUUUUUGUCUAUACAAUUAAUUAUUAAAUUUAUUAAUAAUUAUUGAGAGUGGGCACUAGUGGUUGUAAACAAACACUGAGUUCCUCCUUGUGUGUAAAACUGUACAAGGUCAAUCCGAGGCAAGAGUAACAUAAGUCCCGAUUUUAUGGCAUGUUCCAUUUAUUCACGAUGCAAGUUCAAGUGAUAAUCUAUCUCCAAAUAAGUGUUACUUUCCCGAUAUAUGCAUAGAUCCUUUCAUUUGCAGAUGUAGUUCAAAUAAACGCUCAAUGAAGUCGUGACUCACGUUACUUUUACGUGGAUUCACCCACAAGUUGAUUUACUUACCUGACUUGAAUGGAAUGAAGAUAUCUUUCAUUGUACAACUGACACCUUUAUCACAUCUCGGACACUGGCGAUCAAAUAUAUGACAGAGGCGCGUUCCUAGCACACAUUCUAAGCUUGUGUAGGUGAACGCGUAGCAUGCUUGUAUGUGUGAGAUAUGACAGGUCGACUGGUCGCGUUUUUGACAGGCGGUAACUGUGAGGUAACCGAGAGGGGGUGGGCGGCACUUUCAGCGGGGAGCGGGAGUGGCCAUACUGUACGAUAGUACUCUUUAUUAUACUGUGCCUUUAUUGUGAUAUGCAAUC